AUGUCGCGCAAUUGGUCUGGUGAGGAGUUUGCCAUUCGCAGACGUCUGGUUCAGUUUUGGAGGAAGCAGGAUGGCAACAUCAUUCGCAUCAACUUCAGGCCCGUUGAACCAGGAGCAACGCGAUCGCCGCAUGCUGUUAUCAUUUCUUGCAUUUAUUGGGAGGAGCGGCAAGAGUGCUUCUUCACUUCUGUCGAUGCUAUUUUCUUGCUCGAGUCACUCAUUGGGAAUCGAUUCGCCGUUGAGGAGAAGAAUCGCAUUCGUCGCAACCUUGAGGGAUUCCGUCCACUUACUGUGGGCAAGGGCAAACCUGAUUCGGACAACUUCUUCAAGCUCAUCAUGGGAUUCCCUGCACCCAAGCCGCGAAAUAUUGAAAAGGAUGUCAAGGCAUUUCCUUGGCGUAUCCUCACUUCUGCAUUGCGCAAAAUUAUUGGCAAGUACUCG